AUGUACGCAAUAGCGAAAGAGCAGCCACACUCCUACGUACGCAUUUCCAUCAACAGCGACAAUAUAUUUGCAGGUGAUACGCUUGAGCAAGUUUCGAUAUUCAACACGUUACUUGUGCAAGUUGGACCAGAUGGGAUCCUACACGACGACCGCGAAGAUGACGAAGAUUUCCUGAGCUACCCACCCCAGCUUGUCCUUGCCAUACAAAACCACGGUCAAAAUAUUCAAAUAGAGAGGUUCCAGAUAGGAUGUUACCCGACCGACCCAGAUUUGCGGUCCAGUGCCAAUUUCUCAAUAGCCCGUAACUGGCUGCAUCACUGUCGACAUGAACACACCGAGUGCCGGUUUGACUACACCCCUGUUCUGCCUACUCGAGUCAUUGAUGUGGGCUUUGACGAGAAGUUUCGAGACACUCGUCUGCUUUUGUCAGAGGGGUUAAAAGCAGAAUACGUGGCACUCAGCCAUUGCUGGGGUGGGCCAAUAUCACCCGUACUUACUGACAAGCUCGUGGGGUUGUUUCAAGAAUAUCUCCCUUUUAAGGAGCUUUCUGCUAACUUCAAGGAUGCGAUUGUUGUUACUCGCCAGCUGGGGAUGCGCUAUCUCUGGAUAGAUUCGCUCUGCAUCAUUCAGAAUUCCAAGGCAGACUGGGAAAAAGAAUCCAAGCGAAUGGAUAGUGUAUACGGCAAUGCCACUGUCACUCUUUCCGCUAUGGCAUCUGCUGGGAGCACUGAGGGAAUAUUGAAAAGUAUCCCUGUCGAGAUAUCACCACUGCCCGUGCCACUACGGGUUUUCGCGGACAAUCACAACUUGAAUGUGAUGAUAAAAAGAUAUGAGCCAACGGCAGAAGACUUGAAUAAGCUCGAUAUGAAAGGUCCGUUGUCAAGUCGAGGGUGGACACUUCAGGAAUUUGUACUGUCACCACGGCACUUGCUCUAUGGCGCACAUCAGAUAUAUUGGAAAUGUGCUGUCGGAUACUUCAGCGCAGAUGGGCUAACCAAUGGCCUGAGGUUUCCAGAGCACGGUUACGAUGGUGUUGCAGCCAUUCUCCAUUCUCGAUUCCGCGAUAGCCACGUACAAAAAUGUUCACCCAGCCUGAACGGUAUACUUAAUGAGUACUACAAAAUGGUCUCGACUUAUUCGCAUAGGACGUUGACGUUCAAAUCUGAUAAACUGCCCGCCUUUUCCGGUCUGGCUCAAGGACUCCACGAGUUACUUGGAGGACACUAUCUGGCUGGUCUCUGGAGUUGUGACAUUGGCGACGGGCUGCUUUGGCACGGGGAAUUGGGCUCAGCAGUCCAUGUGUCUAGAUACCGAGCACCGUCAUGGUCAUGGGCAGUGACCGACGAACCAGUGGUAUUCGACGUUGAUGCUCACGAGAUUGAGCGUGACAAUCCUUUCUCCGUUCAAAUGAUUUCCCAUGAAAUGGUGCCAAGAGUUGGGGCGAAUCCUUAUGGCGAAAUUCGGUCUGGUUCUUUGACGCUCAAGGGUUUCACCAGGCCUAUCAUUCGCAGCAAGCAAGUCAUACCAUAUCUCGGGUAUGAGGAAGAAUGCGGUUGCGUCGACUUUGAUGACGCAGAGGUCACUGAUAACGUGCGCGUCUUCGACAGAGGGAUCGGGCGUCAAUGGGUCGCGAUUCGCAGAACCUACGGAGAGAGAACAGACUGGGAGGUAGACCCUGGGUUAUAUUAUGCGGAAGAGUAUAUGCUUUUGUAUAUUCACCAUACAAGACGCGAUUAUUGCCUAGUAUUGAAACCUUCGCACUUGUUACAAAGCAAUGCAUACGAAAGAGUUGGGUUAUUUGUGACCUUUGAAGAUAUACGAGAGAGUGUAGCAGGCUGGAAGACACAGACCAUUGUCCUAGUAUAG